ACAACACAUUUUCUUGAUAGCCUUCAAACGGUUUUCGCUGGUUUGGCUUUAUAGAACGAAGUUGGACUUUUUACUCGCGAAAAUGUCCUGUGAAUAUCGAGUAGGAAUAAAUGAAAAUGAGAAGAAUACAAGUCGAGUGUUGGCCCCACCUGGUGGCAAGGACUCAAUCAGUUUCACUGCAUCCCAGUCAACUUCACAACAGAAAAUGAAUCCUUGUCAAGCAGCAAGAAACUCAUCUAACGUGUUUGAAGGAAAUGAUUUUGGGUUUCAAAGCAAAGGCAAUGUAAAGUCUUGCCAAGAGGCUAGGCAAAAGUCUUCUGUAUUCACCGCUCCUCUCGAAACACUUCCUGUGAAUCAACGAAAGGGUCAAAAUGGAAACAAGUCCCAUGGUAACAUCUUGGCAACUGAAAGUAAUGCACAAGAGAAACUUCACACUUCUGUUCAAGUGAAGGCUCCUCCAGGCGGUGUCUCACACAUUUCAUUUGGAUAGAUCGAAAACACYGAACAUUAAUUCUCUUAAUCUGAAGUAUCAAUGCUAGUAUGAACUGUCUUUAGCCUGUUGGGGGUUUAGCUUAUAGUAUCCAGUACUCUGCAGUAAAAGUUGUGAUGGCUUUAAUGAACUUAUCAAUAAGUGAAACAAAGGGUUGUAUAUAAGACUUAAUAUCAAUACCAUGAUAACUUCCAUAGACUGGCCUCAGGUAAGGCCUUAUACGAGAGCAAUUGCAUAUAGUGUAGGAAAAUGUUAAGACAAAGCAAAUAUUAUCAGUGAAUGAUUCACAUUUUACAAGAAAGAAAGUUUUGUAGUUGCACUUCAAACAACCUUACCUAUGGCAAAUAUUGUACAUUUGCAUCAUAUUGUUGUACGUGUACAUUAAUUUAUUCAAGUGCAAAACUUUUAAAGGGACUGUGGYCCUUCCAUAAUUUACAAUAAUGAAUUCACAGCAAUAUCGUACUACUUGUGUAUCUUAUAAAUCAAAGUCUAUCAAAAUCAAAUAGUCAAUGCAUAAUUAUUAUACACAGAAGAAAACUAAACAAAUAGAAACUAUUACAAUGCUAAUUCUAUAUCAUUGAAAAAAGCAAUAUUAUUAACUCAAAGAUAGAAUUCAAUAUUGUUUUGCAUGCAAUAUUAUAACAGUGCUUAAUGUUUAUGAAUUAAGUGUUUCCAGUGUCUUGAUAUACCUUUCAAUGUUUAGUUACUCCAUUGUGAUGAUAAGAUUUGUGCACACUAGAUAAGUACGUUUUUAGCAGUCUUAUUCAGAACCCUUGUCACUUUUCAGUGUAUCUUCCAAUUACACUGUAUCUUACACUUUGCUUUAGGGUUGAUGAAAUACUUUCCUAUUUUAAAUCAACAUUAUUUUUUUAAUAUACUAAGUUACAUUGCAUCAURCUGGGUCAACAGCACUGUUGUCAGAUGUGUGUUUUUAAAAAAAGUCCAAAAUUGGAACUUCAGACUAUGUAUUCGUAACUAACCSAUUAGCAUCAAAGGAUAAUUGUCUCUAAAGAAGUAAGCAGAGAAGAUUGAUAUAAAGAAGGAUGGCUGCUUGUUAAAAUAACUCUCUUUUCAGAUUCCUUCCAUCCUCUUCUCUGCUUACUUUGCUUGUGAGGAUUAGCCCUCAAACUAUACAACUGACCCCUACAACUUAUUUAAACUAAAAUUUCAAUGUACAAGAAUAUAGUGUAGUGUGGAAUUGUUUAUGUAUCAUGAUUCAUCAAACUUGUAUAUAGUCACAAAUAAACGAUGUAGUGAGGUGA